AUGCUCAACUAUUCCAGCUUCUACAGCAACUUUGGUGUGGAGGACAGCGCCGAUGACGAUUCCAUCGCUCCCUUGGGCGAGGUCGAGCAUGCCGCGUUCUUGCUGUACUGGCUAUGCAAGUUCAUGUUUUGCACCCAGGCGAACAAAGUCACCCUGGAGUUCGCCCACCUGGCCGACUAUCUUGCGCAGGGCGGAAGGCUGGUGCUCGGCCCGUUCCUCCUCGGUCAUAUCUACCGCACGCUUCACGACGUUGUCACGGAUGGGAUGAAGCCGAAGCACGGUGGUCCACUAUGGGCCUUCCAGUUCUGGCUGCAGGCUUAUUUCCCAGAGCUGAGGGGAACGACCAAUAUUACCGACACCGAGCCGUUGGCCAAUGCGUUUGCCCGGGCCCCCAGGAAGCAUAAUACCUCGACUUCCUGUUAUAAAUUUUUCUACGGCUUGGUCGAGAGGACUGGCCGUACCCGUUGUUCUUGGCGCACGACCUCUCCGUGA